AUGGCGGACAGCCUGGUGGACCUGGGCAUCCAGGAUGCGCUCCGAUACGUCAAUGUGGACAUCAUCCCCAGUAUAGUGACCGUGGCUCGGGACGUGAUGAUGAUCUUGGUGACGAGCCUGACCUGUAUAUUCUUCGCGUACACACUCGCAAAGACGGAGACACUCGCGGCGGCCGUGUGGACCCUCGCCAAGUGCGGCACCGCGCUUGGUGCGUUCCAGCUGGUGUGGUCGCACUUCGUCGACCCGUUCAUCCUCUCCAAGACCAGCAAGCUGGCCGAAUCAGGACGAGGCUCCAGCGUCUUCGACCGCUCGCGGCGAAGGGAGGACCCGCUGGCGCACAAACGCGCGGCGAGGAGGGCGAGCACCAAGACCGGGGGGCUCGCCACGGUCGGGUCCCCACGCGGCGGCGACCCACGCGCGCGUUCCGACUCGCCGUCUGUUCGAGAAAACGUCCACGUCGUGCCGUACGUCGCCUCCGGUCUCGCGUCGGCGUCGUCGCCCGUGGCGCCCAGGGGCCUCUCCCUGGACGAGCUCAGGGACGGCACGACGGUGUGCAUCGAGCUGAGGGGCGCGGGGAGCGGGAGCUCCGACGGUUGGUCCGAGGGUUUCCUGUGCGUGCACCCGUACCGCACGUACGAAACCGCGGGGAUGAUGGGAGCGCUGAACUGGGGCGGGCACCAGAUGACGGUGACGCCGCGGGCGCAGGUGGAGGCCAUGUGCGCGGACGCCUCUGACUCGGCGGAUCACGAGAAAGAGACGGCGAGGUUCCUGUUCCGCGUGCAUCUCUUCGGGACCGGGUGCGACGUGACGCUGCGGAGCGAGAGCACGGGAACUCUGGUGACGACUUUCCUGCAGGGGGUCAGGUUCGACAGGCGGAGGGUGGUGGCGUGGCACAAGCAGCGGUCGUCGAAGCUGCUCACCGCGGCGUCGGCGAUGUUCACGCCGCCGGAGGGUGGCGCGCUGGAGGAGUGGGCGCUUCACCCGGUCAGGCGCACCCCAGACGGACUGGUGUCGGACGAUUUUAGCGGAAAUUUGGAGGAAAACGAGUCGCCAAACGGGCAAACGACGGCGACGCCGGAGUUUGCGCUGUGCAGGCCGAGGGACGGUACGUUCUGGGCGUACAACGCGUACGGCGACGAGAUGAUGGCGUUCACCCGGGACCUGGCGGAGGCGUCGCUGUUCAGGGUGCACCGUGCCUUCACCGAUAAGAAGUGGGACUAG